AUGACGACCAUCAACUAUUAUGAGCGUAUGACGGAGGUCUACCAAUUAGACAAUACUCCAAUUCUGAUCGCUUCUGCCGUCAGCUUCAUCAUCGGCUACCUCCAGUAUACCUACGUCGUCCGGCUCACCCUACGUGAAGGAAAGGGCCCGAUGCCCUUCUGGAUGCAUUCAUUCUACCUCGCCCACGACUCAACAUGGUCCUACAUCCUCGGCAAGGCCGCUCCACAGUACGGAGAACACUGGUACCUAAGAGGCACAUCAAUAGCGCUCUUCCUAUGGACGAUGCUUGAAGUUUGGACUAUCCAUCGAUCUAUCACCAAAGAGCGUGAGGCCAGCUUUGGAAAUGUCCUCGGGAAGCAGCCAUCGAUGUCUGCAGCUAUCACAUACGCUUUGGCGCUGCAAAUGGGCAUGUACUCGAUCGUGCUUCUGGCCAUUGAGUUCAUGGGUGAGGGAUCCGUCAUGCAAUGGUUCUGCUUCACCAACGUCCUUAUCGUUCUUGGACCUACUCAUCACUACCUACGGGCGGGCUCCCGACAUGGACUGUCUCUCGGCUUCUGCGUCGUGAACAUCAUCGGCACCAUCUGGACCUUUGCACCUUUCGGGUUCUUUGUGCUCACUAUUCCGGAAAUCUUCGAUCAACAGUUGUACUAUGUCAUUGGAGUUAUUCUCACAGUGUAUUCCGUCGGGUGCUUCUAUGUCGUAUCUCAGUAUCCGAGCAAGACUAGAGUCAUGGAUAAGGGUGGGAAGCAGCCAAUCUGGUAG